CCCGGCGCCAAAUUUUUAUUUUAUUUUUCGUGUUGCAACCAAGCUCCGUCCGUAAUCUUAUUCUCCCUUCUCAAUUUGCGCAAUAUUCAGCCCUCCUUUUCCUUUGUUUUUCCUUUCCCAUAUCAGCUCUUUGGCAGGGUAUUGCAAGUACAAGUAAAACAGCAUGUCUGACACGGUAGAGGGUCUGUUUGACGACUCGGACGACGGGCAGUACUCGGACGACAACCAGGCGAGGCUGGGCACGCGUCGCAAGAACCAGGACUAUUCGGACGAAAGCGACAAUGGACACGGCUACCACGAUGACGAAGAGGACGACUAUGGGUACUCUGAGGCGAAAUCGAGCAAACCCAAGAAAAAGCGCCAGAGAACGAACAACUUCCUUGAUAUCGAGGCCAGUGUGGAAACAGAUGAGGAUGAAGAUGACGACGAUGGCGCCGAGCUCGGCGACUUCAUUGAGGAUAACGAGGCCGAGUUGGCGUCGGCUGAGAAGGACGCUUUGCGGCAUCGCAGCUCGAUGCGGCCUGCCGUGUUCCAGGACGAUGACGUGAUGGACGCCGAUGCGAUGGAGGCGCGCUUGCGCGAGCGGUACAGCGGCUAUGCAACUUCGUCGCGGCGUGAAGCCCCACCAGUCGAGUCCGACUGGAUGCCGCAGCGGUUGCUGCUUCCUGGAAUCAACGACCCACAUCUGUGGAUGGCGCGGUGUAUCCCCGGUAAGGAGCGCGAUGCGCUGUUUGCAGCAGCACGACGCAUUUUCAACUGGCGGCUCUCGAAGGGCAUCCCCGGUGUGCAGGCGUGGAAGCUGACGCUGGUGCCCAUUGACGACAUGGUGGAUGUUGUCAGGGUCAAGUCGCAUGCGCCCAAGAUCAACCCGUCGUCGUGGGUGCGUGUGCGUCGUGGAAACUACGCAGGCGAUCUGGCCCAGGUUGUGUCGGUGCUGGAGUCAUCCGACAGCGUUGAGGUGCGGCUUAUCCCACGUCUUGACUAUGAUGCCGAAGCACGCAGCUCGCGCAGCGGCGUCCGGCCUCCUCAGCGUCUCGACCCGCGUGGCCUAUCGUCCCGGCAAAACGAGAUUCUGUGGAGAAAUGACCGCUUCAUUAACGGCUAUCUGCACAAGGACAUGCGGCUCACCUCGCUGCAGGUAGAAAAUGUGCAGCCUACGCUCGAGGAGAUUGCCAGAUUCGCCGCUGGCGAAGCUGAUGACGGUGACGAGCAGGCUGCCAUUGCUGCGCUUGCCAGCCAGGCUGCUGCGGCUAGCACGAUGGAUGGCGCGCGGGACCUUUUGCCUGGAGAGCAGGUCGAGGUUGUGGAGGGCGAUUUGGCCGGGGUUGUUGGUGUGGUUCGUGGCAUUGAAGGCGACGACACUGUCAAGAUCGUUCCUGAGCUCGGCGGGCUGAUGCGCAACGGUCGGGCCAGCGUCAUGAGCUUCCCGGCGCGCCAGCUGCGCAAGCGCUUCCGUGCCGGUGACCACUAUGCUGUGGUCACUAUGUAUGCCGAUGAUUUGCGUAUCUCAAGCGAUAUUGGCAGCAGUACGGGCGGCAACAAGCAAGGCGCAAUGGUGGGACUCGACGUGCAUGACCUUGUGUUCCUUGAGGGCAACACUGUCGGAGUAGUUCUCAAGGUCGACCGCGACACGUUGACCAUUCUUGACGAGCGCAACGACACGCGUACUGUUGGCCAGCAGUCGGUCCGGCCGGCCCGCAGCGGGUUCGAGCGCACGGGUGUUGAUUUUAACGGGAAUCCGAUGAGGCGCGGCGAUGUGGGCACAGUGCUUCAGAUCACCCGGUUUGUGACAUUUGUGCUGGCUCGCGACCAGGCCAGCUCUGGUGGCGUAUUCACUGUGCGCACACGCCAGCUUGAGGCUCUGGAUCCGUAUGCAACUCGUAACAACCGCUCCAGCAACGAUCGUGGCCGUGGCCGGGGUGGAUCCCGUGGUGGGCGCGUCGGCAAUCUUCGUGGCGGUCGCGACCCGCUCAUUGGGAAGAACGUUACAGCCAACCGUGGGCCCUACAAGGGCUACAUGGGUAUUGUCAAGGAUGCCACUGACAUGAUGUGCCGCGUUGAGCUGCACACUAACGCACGCAUCGUCAAUAUCGAGAAGGAGAAGCUGGUUGUCAAACUGCCAUCUGGAGAGGCUAUCCCAGCGCUCGAGUUCAAUAAUGCGCCGAUGGGCGGCGGCGGCAGCGGCGGCGGAUACAGAGGUACCAGUGGUAGCGGCUCUAACGGCGGCGGAUACAGAUCUGGCGGAGCCUCCUCUGGCAAUGAUGCUGGCGGCUGGGGCGCUCCCCCGCGUAGCACCUACAGCGAUACGCGCCAGACACCUGUGGCCACACCCGGCAGCAGCACCUACGGCUCAUGGGACACUGGUGCCACUAACAGCUCGGCGGCUGGGGGGAGCGGGGGCUGGGGUGCUGCCAGUACGCCUAGCGGAAAUUCUGGGUGGAACGUCGGCAGUACGCCGAGCGGGAAUGGUGGUUGGGAUGCUGCUGCCAGCACGCCCAGUGGCAAUUCUGGCUGGGACGCUGCGCCGACGCCUGCUGCCAGCAAGUGGAAUACUGAUGCAACGCCAAGUGGUAGCUGGGGCACACCUGCGCCCGCCACACCGGGUGGAAUCCCUCAGACCCCAGGCGGGCCCUUCCCACAGACCCCUGGCGCCGGGACUCCUGCGUCACGCUCGUACUACGAUGCCCCAACCCCUGCUGCUUCUGGCAGCGUGAAUGCCAACCAGGACGGCGGGUUCUUUAGUUGGGCCACUGCGGGCGCUGUGGUGCAGCUGCUGGGCCAGCGCGGCACAGUUGUUGAUGUGUCAUCUGAGCGCCACACUGCCACCAUCAAGCUUGAGACAGGCGUCAUGCAGAGCAUUGACCAGACCAGCGCUGCGCACUUUAACCCGCGGCCCUCGCGCCCGCAGAAAGGCGAUCGCGUCAUUGUCAUGCGCGGAGCACAUAAGGGCUCUGUUGGCAAGAUGGUCGGCAAGGAUGGUAACGACGGGUUCUUCCAGCAAGACGGCGCUGAAAGCUGGAUCGUCGAACCGCAGCGUAACAUGGUGCCCUACAACCACGACUACUAAACAAAAGUUUUUGCUUUACUCUUUCUAUCCGUUUUUCAUCCUCUACCAGAGUACAUUUCUAACUUUUUAAACUCAGUGAUGGUAAACUCCAUACAUAAACCAAGGCACGUAUUCCUAAUAAAUGCAGGUCGAUGGCAAUGUACUUCAUCGUUGCCACAUAUAUCGACACAAAGCUGACUAGGU